GUCGCUGGGCAGGCUGUCCGUUAUCCGGCAGUGUAUAAUGGGCCUCCGACGAGGGCAGUUAUGUGCUCUAUCUCUGCUGCUCAUUUCCUUUUCAUCUAUAGCAGAAAAUUCUGUGUCCAGAGUAAGAAGACAGGACUGUGGAACACAAAACUUCCAGUGCCAGAAUGGAGAAUGCAUAGAACACUUCAAAGUUUGUGAUGGAACUGCUGACUGUUCAGAUAAAUCUGAUGAAAAUAAAGUUACUUGCAGAUGGAGACGUUGCUACUCUGAUGCCUUCUUCCGCUGUGCAUAUGGUGCCUGUGUUGAUGUGAAUGCAGCUUGUGAUGGUACCAUCCAGUGUGAAGGUGAUGGCUCAGAUGAAGCCCCUGAGCUGUGUGGAACAUCUCCAGCCCCCAAGUGCACACUUCCACUCAAACACAAAAAUGGUGGCUACAAAGUGCUUGGCUGUUACUCCCAAUUUUGUGGGUUUGCACCAGGAGCACAAGUACCUUCUGGCACACAGCUGGAAUUCUUCUGUGAUGAAGGAUAUCAUAUAAGUGGGCCCAAUGAUUCCUAUUGCCUCGAUGAGGCCUUUACUCCGCCACCACCAGUUUGUGAGAAGAAUGGGGAAUAUUCUACCUCCAGCACAUUAAAUUAUGGUAUCGUCUAA